UUUGCCCUCCUCCCCAAACCUGUUCUUCCGCUUGUGUUGGUGUUGCCCAAUGUCACCCAGCCAGCCUUCUAAGCAUGCCAGUCAGCCCUGAUGACACCUGAUCCUUCACUUCUCACGUCAGAUGGCACAUGACUCAGGGCUUGGACAUGUCUGGUGUUUUCAUGGAAAUGGUGAAGGCCAGUGCCACUGUAGAUAUUGUGCAGAAGAAGUUGGUUUAUCUGUACAUGUGCACGUAUGCACCUCUGAAGCCAGACCUAGCUCUCCUGGCCAUCAAUACACUGUGCAAAGACUGCUCGGACCCUAACCCGAUGGUGCGAGGGUUGGCGCUGCGGAGCAUGUGCAGCCUCAGGAUGCCUGGUGUGCAGGAAUAUACCCAGCAGCCUAUUCUCAAUGGUCUGCGUGAUAAGGCUUCCUAUGUCAGGAGAGUGGCAGUGCUUGGCUGUGCCAAAAUGCAUAACCUUCACGGAGACUCAGAAGUGGAUGGUGCCUUGGUACAUGAGUUAUACAGCUUACUUCGGGACCAAGAUCCAAUUGUGGUUGUGAACUGCUUAAGGUCUCUAGAGGAAAUUCUGAAACAUGAAGGAGGAGUUGUCAUCAAUAAGCCCAUCGCUCACCAUCUCUUAAAUCGAAUGUCGAAAUUGGACCAGUGGGGCCAGGCUGAGGUGCUGACCUUUCUGCUCCGUUACCAGCCCCGCAGUGAGGAGGAACUGUUUGACAUUCUCAAUCUGUUGGAUAGCUUUCUCAAAAGUAGCAGUCCAGGUGUGGUCAUAGGAGCCACCAAACUCUUUCUGAUUCUGGCAAAAAAGUUCCCCCAUGUACAGACUGAUGUGCUUAUGAGAGUCAAGGGACCUUUGCUAGCUGCUUGUUCUUCCGAGAGCAGGGAGCUCUGUUUUGUUGCUCUCUGUCAUGUGCGCCAGAUCUUGCACAGUUUGCCAGGGCACUUUAGCAGCCACUACAAAAAGUUCUUUUGCUCCUACUGGGAGCCUCACUAUAUCAAGCUGCAGAAGGUGGAGGUGCUGUGUGAGCUGGUGAACGAUGAGAACGUGCAGCAGGUGCUUGAGGAGCUGAGAGGGUACUGCACUGAUGUGUCCGUUGACUUUGCGCAGGCUGCCAUCUUUGCCAUCGGAGGCAUUGCCAGGACUUACACAGAUCAGUGUGUGCAGAUUCUCACAGAGUUGCUGGGGCUCCAACAAGAGCACAUUACCACAGUGGUGGUGCAGACUUUCCGAGACCUGGUUUGGUUGUGUCCUCAGUGUACUGAAGCUGUAUGUCAGGCCCUGCCCGGCUGUGAGGAGAACAUUCAAGACAGUGAGGGGAAACAGGCGCUUAUUUGGCUACUUGGAGUCCAUGGAGAAAAAAUUCCCAAUGCUCCUUAUGUUUUAGAGGACUUUGUAGAAAAUGUGAAGUCAGAGACAUUUCCUGCUGUUAAGAUGGAGCUCCUUACUGCACUGCUGCGCCUGUUCCUCUCACGCCCUGCCGAGUGCCAAGAUGUGCUGGGGCGCCUGUUACAUUACUGCAUAGAGGAAGAAAAGGAUAUGGCUGUACGGGACCGAGGUCUCUUCUACUAUCGCCUCCUUUUACUUGGCAUUGAUGAAGUUAAGCGGAUCCUGUGUAGCCCUAAAUCAGACCCUUCUCUCGGGCUCUUGGAGGAUCAGCCAGAAAGACCUGUGAAUAGCUGGGCUUCAGACUUUAAUACACUGGUGCCAGUGUAUGGAAGAGCCCGUUGGGCGACUAUAUUUAAACACCAGGGGACAGAGCACUGUGGCCCAGAGCUUCCUCAUUCUGCACCCUUUGCUACAUCAGGACACCUGAUCUCUGAAGAGAACAAGGAGAGAGCACAAGAACUCCCAGAUUCCGAAGCGCUCAUGCUGAUCCCCAAUUGCCAGCUUACUGCUGAAUAUUUUGAGAAAACUUGGCUUAGCCUUGAAGUGGCUCAUCAGCAGGUGUUGCCUUGGCAGGGAGAAGUUCAUCCCAGCACCCUCCAGAUGGCUCUACAAGUAGUGAACAUUCAGACCAUUGCGCUGAGCAGGGUUGGGGCCCGGCCGUGGAAAGCCUACCUCGGUGCUCAGGAUGCCUCUGGUUGUCUGUUCUUAGCAGAACUGCUGCUGGAGCCCGAGAACUCAGAAAUGCAGAUUUCUGUGAAACAAAGUGAGAAAAGGACUGAGACACUGACCAGGUUUUUCUCUGUUUUAGAAACUGUCAUUGGAACAGUUGGAGACAUGAAAUCAUAGCUGGUUCUUCCUGCUUUCCCCAAGGGAGGUGACUUGCUAUCAGAAUCUGUAGUUUUUCUUAGUAGAACUGCUUAUAAACCCAGAUGGAACCAUAUGCAAAGGAGAAGGAAAUCUAGGAAUCAGGAUUCUUGUGUCUUUGUCCAAAGCUCACUAACUUACUCCCUUUGUGGCUUUGUGAUUGACUGAGGUUUUCAUUGGUGAUGUUAGUAAGACAUGGGGGUUAGGUUGAGGACAGGAUUGGGAGGGUUUUUCCUAAUUCCUUUUAGGGGUUGUGUUACUUAUUAAAAGAUCCAUGCUGGUUGUAGAAACUGAUGGGACCUACCUUUUUUUUUUUUUUUGUAUUUUAGGGAAGGGUCUACAGGGUGU